GUUUGUUAUUUUCCUUAGUCCCACCGGAAGUUCUCCGCCCCCAGACACGGGUCUUUGGGCUUCUUGCCUCGAAAGCGCAGCAGCCGGCACCGGGGCAAGGUGAAGAGCUUCCCCAAGGAUGACUCCUCCAAGCCGGUGCACCUCACAGCCUUCCUGGGCUACAAGGCUGGGAUGACCCACAUCGUGCGCGAGGUCGACCGGCCUGGAUCUAAGGUGAACAAGAAGGAAGUUGUGGAGGCUGUGACCAUCGUGGAGACACCACCCAUGGUGGUGGUGGGCAUUGUGGGCUAUGUAGAAACUCCCCGAGGCCUACGUUCCUUCAAGACUAUCUUUGCUGAGCAUAUCAGUGAUGAGUGCAAACGACGCUUCUAUAAGAACUGGCAUAAAUCGAAGAAGAAGGCUUUCACCAAAUACUGCAAGAAGUGGCAGGAUGAAGAUGGCAAGAAGCAGCUGGAGAAGGACUUCAGCAGCAUGAAGAAGUACUGCCAGGUCAUCCGUGUCAUUGCCCACACCCAGAUGCGCCUGCUGCCUCUGCGCCAGAAGAAGGCCCACCUCAUGGAGAUCCAGGUGAACGGAGGCACUGUGGCUGAAAAGUUGGACUGGGCCCGCGAGCGGUUGGAGCAACAGGUUCCUGUGAACCAAGUGUUUGGCCAGGAUGAGAUGAUAGAUGUCAUUGGCGUGACCAAGGGCAAAGGCUAUAAAGGGGUUACCAGCCGUUGGCACACCAAGAAACUUCCCCGCAAGACCCACAGAGGACUGCGUAAGGUAGCCUGUAUUGGAGCAUGGCAUCCUGCCAGAGUGGCAUUCUCAGUGGCACGGGCUGGACAAAAAGGCUACCAUCACCGCACUGAGAUCAACAAGAAGAUCUACAAGAUUGGCCAGGGUUACCUUAUCAAGGAUGGCAAACUGAUCAAGAACAAUGCUUCUACUGAUUACGAUCUGUCAGACAAGAGCAUCAACCCUCUGGGUGGAUUUGUCCACUAUGGCGAAGUGACCAAUGAUUUUGUCAUGCUGAAAGGCUGUGUGGUGGGAACCAAGAAGAGAGUGCUCACUCUCCGGAAGUCUCUGCUGGUGCAGACCAAACGUCGAGCUCUAGAGAAGAUUGACCUUAAGUUUAUUGACACCACCUCCAAGUUUGGCCAUGGCCGCUUCCAGACUGUGGAGGAGAAGAAAGCAUUCAUGGGACCACUUAAAAAAGACCGCAUUGCGAAGGAAGAAGGCGCUUAAUGGCAGAAACAGCAGAUGGGGUCUCAAUAAAACUUAUUUUCCACUGA